UUAUGGCGUCCGCCUAUUUUCAUGUUAUUAGGAAAAAAUUGUAAGAAAAUGUCUAGUUUUGAAUAAAAACUUCGUUAUUUGAUGAACAAUAGACUUUUGAAAGUGAAUGAAUAAAUAGGGCGUUUAAAUUUUAUCUAGCGAUUUUGGUCGAAGCUAGCUCGAAAGUGGAAUGCAGUUUUGUGGGAUCUUUACCAAGGCAGUAGGAAAAAAUGGAUUGGUGUGGGGCGGUGCCUCGGCAUUAAGGUUGGAGUGACAUGCAGUCUGAGCCAGGCCGGUACAUCAAUUCCGUAUCAGAUAUAUUAUAUAGCCCCGACGAAAUCGAGUUUCUGCUGGACGACAUUAGAGACCUGGAGCCUACAAGUUAUAAGCCUGAAGAGAUUCAGGAAGCCUCGGAUGGCAUGCUGUGUGUGUUGCAGGAUUUCGAAAUAGCCGGGAGCAGGACCGGAGCCCUGAGCGCCGAAUGCGGUACUGUAAACGGUUGCGAAGAGUGCGAAUCGCCUCUGGGCACCGUCAACUCAUGGGAUUCACAUUCGCAUUACCGCAGGAUGGCCCCGUCGCCAGACCUGUCGCUUUAUUCCGGUGUGAUCCUCUAUUGCGACUAUGCCCAUUUGAAAACGCCUACCGGAUUUCUGAGAGUUUUACUCUUGGCCACAACUAUAGCAUGUCUAGCCUGCCUGUGCACAUCAGGGACAGUCAAAGUUGGACUAUUUAUGCUGCCACUGGUCGGUCGAAUUCGACUCAUGAUGUUUAUAACUCUAUUAAGCAUUUUCAUCACAUGUCUCUUGCUGUUUCUUGAUAUUUCUCACACAGUGUAUCUGUUUCCCUUUAAUUGGGGCAAACUGAAUGCAUAUUUCUAUGUAAGCCUUAGUGUACUGUUCCUGGUAGCGUCGUCACUAUUAUUUCACAUGGUAUUUUUAUCAGAGGCCUUUAUGUGGGUCCCAAAAUGGACACAUCACCAAUUAAUAGUUACUGGGAGCUUAGGAUAUGUAUGUUGUAUAGAAUCAGUUAUAAUUUGUCUAAUACAACAAUGCAAAACGCGAAUUUACCAGCCAGUUGGUGAAGAUCCGAGCCUAAAUUUGCAGGAGCGUCAUCCGUCGCCGGAUGGCACGCCGCAGCACAAAGUAUCAAAUCAAACUACGCACAAUUACAAGCCUAUCGUAAACCCCCAAAUGAUUUCGGCGUCGUCGUCAGGCGUGGUUAAAAGACCUACCCUUAUUGACGAUGUGCAACCAUGUUCUUCGAAAAAUUCGGAACCUUAUAGGGCAUGAUAACAUAAUGACUGUAGUUUCAAAUACAAUAAUUUUUUUAGUGAGAGGUAUUUGUUGGGUUUUGGAAGGCAAAUGUUUCAUUGUGGUUGAUGUUUUACUGUAUCAGGUGAGACAUUUAAAAUAAACCACCAAGCCAGUAGGAAUAUCAAUUUAGGUUUAGAGGAGUAGCAAGUCUCCUCUUAUGCCUUAAGAAUCACAACUUUUCAAGGGUCAGACUAGAAUUACAAAACUGAUGGAAAAUAAGCAUUUUAAGGUCGGGUAUUAUAAAACUACUUUGAGAGUUAACUUGAAGUUAACUUCUGGAAUUACAUGGAUUUCAAAAAGUUAACUGUCACUAAGGCUUCCAAUUGAAUAACCCUUGUCUUCAAUUCUUCACCCGUUACAAUCGAACUGCUUAUUGAAGAGAUGCACUAGUUGAUGAAUCGCUAAUGAAUAGGACACCUUUAUUUUGCCUCCUGAACUUAAAUUGAUAUUUCUGACUUACAGUAUUUGCCUCCAAUACUAUAAAAGUAUAAACAAAAUUAUUACGGUUUAGUUAGGCGUGAAACAUGGACAUAGUACAAUAUUUUUUAAAAUUUUUAGGAAUCGGUAGCGCUAGUUUUUGCAAAAAUUGUUACUUAGCGUUUGAUAAGAAAACAAACAUUUUCUCCCCAAUCACAUCAGUUGUGGUAGUUGUUUUUGUAUAGAUUGAUGGUAGGAUUUUGGAUGAGCAAUUUGACAACAACGUGUACUUUUAUUUGUAACUGACGCACAAAAAAGCUGCAAUUAUUUUAAUUGUUCGAUCCUAUUAAAAUCUUAAGAAUGCAUAUUUUCCUUCACUCGUUCAAUUAAGCAACAAUUCCUGUAUAUAGUUGUAAAUUGUUUGAUUAGUUAAAUUCACAUUAAGUUGGUAAUUUAAUUCCUAUACGAGCAAAAAAUAAGGUUUAGAUGAAACGUUGUUGUUAGUAUUUUUGGCAACUGUUACCUAAUAAUAGGUUUGUUUCGACUUUACCAAUAACUUGAACAACAGAGUUUUUGACAAAAUUGGAACAAUCCUGCAAAUUUUAAUACUUUCCAGAUCAUAUCGAUUUUAGAUUAUAGAAAAAAAAUUCAAUAAAAAGUGUUCAGUAUAUUUAAAUAUUUUAAAUAAUCGCCUAUAAGUAAAAUGCCAUUUUUUUUAUAAUAAGUUUAUGUAUGUAUUAUUAUAAUAGAACUUUGUACUGUGAUCUUAGAUUUAGUUUUUUGACAGCCGUAUUUACUUUUUUUUCAAAUUUGAACCAUUAACCAUCCCUCCCAAAAAAAUAUAUAUAUAUAAAAAAUGGCAUAUUGCAUUUUGUUCUUCUAUUUGUGUGACUCAAAAGUUGAAAUUGACCUUUGAGUAUCUUGAAUGUGCUUUAGAUUUUUCAAAUUCAAACGUAGUUUUUCUAUUUUAGUCAACUGAACAGCCAGACAUCAAUUUUAUAUUAAACUAAAUAGGUCUUAGUUUAAUAUAAAAUUUUCUACAACAAAAUAGUGAGUAUUUCUGCGGUGUUUUACAAUAACUGCCAAAAAUAAAAUUUAAGGUAGCCAAAAAUAUAUUAAAAGCUUAUCGAUCACUUAUUUAAGUGAUUGGUUAACUUUUUCAUGUUCAGUAAGUACAAUUUAUUUUAAACCUGACAAUCGGGGAUUUCCGUUCUAGUCAACUUUUACUUUUUGUAGUGUAUGUAUAUAAAACAGGGUAAGCAAAAAAUGUACUUGCUCAAUUUGGCACAUUCAAACAAUAAAUAUAUCUUUCGUGUGUGUUUUUUUCUUACUCUGCCAGAAUUUCUUGACUUAUUUGUAGUAAUAUUUGUAUUAUAUAGUGUGAUUUUUGUAAUAAAACAUAAUAAUUCACUAGUAUUUUUUUUUAUACACAUAUAUUAAAGUUAAUCUUGACAAUUUUUUCUUUAAUUGUUGAAGUAAAAAGGUAUAAAUUAUUCAGUUAUCAUUUUUUCGGUUAAUUCUGAUAAUUCUAGAAGGCGUGGUCCGUAAAGAAGAACAUAGGCACAAUGCCAA